AUGAGGAGAUAUCCACCAAUGGCAAUACACACAAUAGCGGCUGUAGGGAGAACAGGAUCAGCAGCAACAGCUGGGAUGAUUGAUAGCAUUUNCUAUUUAUUUCCCUUCUUUAAAGCCAAAAACCCAACAGAUGUGACUUUAGAUAAAUACCUUGCCAGAAAUACAAGUGAAGAUAAUGCUGCAUUUGCUGAGAUUCUAGAAGAAAACAAGAAGAAGCAAAGGGCAAAACAUGAAUGGUUGUAUGAAGCAGAGAACAAGCAACAUAAGGAGAUGGAAGCCAAUUUGGCCCUCCCUGGUGUGGAGGGACAGAUGGCUAUAGAAGCUGCUCCUCCAAAAGAACUGCAAACAUGGAAUUAUGAGGCAAGAAACAAGCUGAUGUAUGUGCCAGAAGGUGCCCCAGAAUCGCUAGCAGAAAAACUCGAAAGGAAGCAGCCUCGUGAAAUUAUGCAUCACAAUACCAGAUUUAAACUCAACCCUUUCAACAAUGACAAGAGCAAGCAAGCAAUCCAACAUGCAGCCUCUAUGCAGGCUUUUGCUAAACAGGGAAAAAUUGGCCCCGAUGGCAAAGAGGUGCUUCCUGUAGAGUCUCCCAGGGUGAAUGGGUAUGGCUUUAUGGCCACACCCUCACCUAAACCAGGUGUAGAUGAGUCUCCAUUGAUGACUUGGGGUGAAAUUGAAGGGACUCCAUUUAGACUUGACGGCAGUGAUACUCCAUAUCAGAAAUCGGCUGGUCCAAGUUUUAAAAUUCCAGACAUUCCCAAUAGAGACCGAAUAGCACUGGAACUUGCGGAGAAAGCCAGCAAGGCACACAGGUCUAAAAAGGAGGAGACAUUGAAAAGGAUGACUGCAAACUUUGCCAGUCCAUCACUGAGAACAGGUUCAGUGACAGACAGGAUAAACACAAUGUCACCAGCAGCACAGAGACUAGCUAGCGCAAAGCUUGGAAUAAGAACUCACACAGAUAAAGCUCUCAGAGCAAGUUACACUCCCUCACCUAGCCAUAGACUGCCUGGGGAUAAAACCCCAUUAAGUAUAACUCCUAACAGGACUCCAAAAACUGGUGGCACACCCAAGGUGGGGGCCUCGCCACAGACUCCAAAAUCAACUCCCAAGAGAGACUCCAAUGCAGCGUCCUUGACAGACAAUUUACUGAAUUUACCUAAAAGACCCAGGGCUUCGGAAUUCUUCUAGUCUAUAAAUAAACCAAGCAGUAAAAGCAGUGUGGGAAUGGAGAUAUGUUUCAGUGUACUUGGUGCACCACGCAUUUAAUGCAUACUCUAGUCUUCAUGAAAGUAUAUGACUAGAGAUUAAUGGCUUUUGAAGCAUUUCAUAUGUUGCAUACUUUGAAAUGUAGUUUUUAAUAAAAAUGAUAAUUUGUAAGCAAUCUCCUUAUUUUUUC